CUGGGCUAUUCAUAGGCUCAAGUGUGAGGACAAGGUACGUACGUGUAGUAGAUAGCUCUUAUGAUUUUCCACAGUUGAGUUUUGCUCUUUGUACACACAUUAGUACACACAUCUAUACCCACUAUAUAUACCUAAAAAAAUUACCCCUUUCCCAUUCUUUUCUUUCUUUUACCCCUUCUCUCUCUUCACCCUUACUUCUUUUCUUUCUUCUGCGACCUCUCUCCCUGAUUUCCUUCGUGCCUUCUCUAUAUUCUUCUUCUUCUUUUGUUUCUUCUUGCACCAACACAAACAAAGUGACAAUGGAUUUUCGUAGCUCAAACCAGAAGCUCCCAUCAACCACCCAUAAUAUUGAGAAUGCUAUUUCACUUCUUCCGGAGGCUUAAAGAGCUAUGUGCACCCCUAAAUGAGCUGAAAGUUGUGCCGCAGGUGGAUAGGUCGGGUGAGAUGUAUUGCGGCACCUUCAAAGUUGACUCAGAGUCCUAGAAAGAGAGUACCAUCAUUUUUAGAGUUGGGAGUACUAGUGCAUCCCUCGAAAUUCUCCUUUCGUUUCUCCAUUUCUCGAAUUGUCCUAAACUUAAACUGAGUUUUAUGUUGAAUUGUAGCAAGACGCUUCAUGUGAAAGCCAUUUCCGAUCUUUAAUACUUGUAUAUACUUGAAAGUUUGUUUCCAUCAAUAUGUAUUUGGUAAUUAUAUUUGAAAUGUUCAUAUAAGU